GAGUAGGCCUUCUCUGGAGCUCUUUUCAAUUGCCACGUAGAAUUUGUACCAGAACAACUGCCUCCACAACACCAACGUGCUCGUCUUUUUUGCUCCGGACCUCCUCGAUUUCAUUGCCCCACUCUCCGCCCUUCUCGCUCCGCCCGCACUUCCAUUGAACGCCCUCUCAGCUACGCCCUCCACAGCAACCCGCGGACCGAUCCUCCUGAUCCAUCUGUUAUUGAAACUGAUUCCGACAGCUUCAUUAUUUGCUGACAGAAAUUGUAGCCGGUAAGGUAUCCCAGAGGAUCCCGACGAUUGGAUCGACGUGAUAAUACUUGUGUCGUGGCGAUCCUUUCGGUGCUGCCCCUUGACUUGGUGCAAACACUAAAGUGAAGCAACCAGAUCUUGUUCAAGCAGUGGAUUCUUUUUGGAUAUUCUGGAUUCUUUUAUUGGGUGUCAAUCCUCCUCUUUCCCAGUUGCAUCCAAGGUCUACCCUCAAAGGAUCCUCAGUUACUGACCUGUCGAAACUUUUUGGUGGAGCAACUGCAGCGAAGAGAAAUAAAACCAUCCAUUGAUUUUUGUCAGUGCUGUAUUUGGCCAAUUCUGGAUUUUUGGACAAGCCAAGCGCAAGCAGCAGCAACCAAGAACCAAUUUUCUCACUACAGUACAAUACUUGCGAGAGCCCACACUUGCGAGCAUUCCAAGUGGCCAUCAAUAAGUAUUGGCACCAUGAGCAGUGACGAAAAAAGCGACAAAGUCGACGAAGGACACCAUGAGCCUCCCGUUGGAGACGUGCCUCCACCACCACAUCAUGUCAAGGACGAAAAUCUGCCUCCUUCAGAGCAUGCGCCAGAACAUGCUCCUGUAGAAGAACAUAUUCAUCACCCACAUGAGCAGCAUCCUCCACAGGGAUCACCCACACAGCAAAAUCCAGAAGACCCUUCAGGCCAGGAACCACUUCCUCCUCCAGAUGGACAACCACCUCAACACCAUCCAGGACAUGAACAGCCACCUCACCCACCACCACACCCACCAUAUGAACAAGGGCCGGAUGGAGGUCCACCCCCUGGCCAUCCACAUGAGCAUCCACCAGGGCAUGGACCACCACCACCUCCAGGUUACCCACCACAAGGGCCACCAGGAGCACGCCCACCUGACGGUUAUUAUGCCCCAUACCCACCGCCACCUCCUGGGUAUGAAGGAGCUCCUCCACCCCAUCAUAUGUAUCCUCCACCCCCUGGACAUCCCUCGGCACCUGGACAUAUGCCACCACCUUAUCCGCCAAUGUAUCCGCCACAUUAUCAUCCACAUUACCCGCCUUAUCCAAUGUACCCACCCCCACCCUAUGGAUACCCUGAACAUCACCAUGCACCUCCUGGAGAUCGGCGGUAUGAUCAGAAUCCACAGGGGUCUCCCGGUGGCUAUGAUGAUGAUCCCAAAGACGGCAACAUUAUUCCUGGUGCUGUGACGGCUAGGCUCAAGACUUAUAUCAAGCCUAGGAUUCCGUCCACUCAGGAGGUCUUGGAUCGUCGUUCUCGCAAAAAUGCUCAAUCUCGUGCCAGAGCUGCCAAAUUGAGAGACCGCAUAUCAGAGAUUGAGAGCAAACCGGAAGCAGAACGGACGGAAGAAGAGAGAACCAUUUACGGCCAAUACGAGGCUCGCCGACAACGGAAGAAUGAUCGUUCCAGAGAGCGUGCUUUGGAAAAGAAAGAAGAGAUUGAUCGGAUCUUGGCAAAACCAGAAAAGAAACGAACAAAGAUUGAAAAACAGUUCUUGGAGACAGCUUUGUCUGCCAAGAAGAGAAAGAAUGAGGGUGAUCGUUUGCGUCGACAACGACUGAAAGAGCUAGGACUCUCGUCAAAGGGGACAGGUGUAAAGCCAGGAAUCAGUGCCCGUGGUCCUUUGCCACCACAGUAUCAGGCACAACGUGGGGGAUACCCCCAAGACAUCCCAAUGUCACCCCUGCCAACAAUGCCACACCAUCAUCAUUCUCCCGGAGGUUUCGGAUCACCAGGAAUGCACAUGUCCUUCCCGAGUCCCUCUCAAGGAGGACAGCGUCGACCUCCUUCGGCGAAUGAGGGGCCUCCUGAUCCCGAAGGCAUCGAAACACCGCGACGAGAAGGACAACAGCCUUUGCCAUAUAUUCCUCCUGAAGGCGAGGAUGGGGGCGGUGAUGCUUCGAGAGUGGAGCAGCGAAGGAACCCUGAUGGUUCCAUGAGCAUCUCGAUUGGUGGGAAUAGAGGUGACGGAGAUCCCGCUGCCUAUCAACAGGGGGGCGAGGGAGAAUCCUCUGUCAAUAUAUCCGAUGUGUCUCAUUUGCUGCUGAACGAGAACGACUAUGGUGGUGAUAGCGGUGUUGCUGAACAAUCUGCCGAGAAAGCGGAGGAGUGAAAUGAAUGCCCUCCUUCCGGUUUUGUAUCCUCGGAGAUGGUUGUGUGAUUUUUAUACAUGGACAUGUAGUGACAUCGGGCUCUUUGUGAAGUGAUUUGGGUGGUUAUGUUUCAAUAAAGGAGUACAGAUAGAGAGGCUGCCUUGUGGUACCUUCGAGAGGCCUGAUAAGUCACACUUGCUGCUGCACAUUGUAUUGCCUGAAUGAUUGGCUCUUGAAUGUCAACAAAGGAAUUGAAAGCUAGACUGUAGAAACACUGGCCUAAUGCAUAGAUUUUCGUUAUGAAAGU